CGGUCGCUUCGCCAUUGUACUAUUGAAACGGAAUACUCUCCACACGUGGAAAGGGACGGUAGUGUGCUGUGUGGUGCUGCGUAGUGAUUCCAGAAAGUGUCCAGAGGUCUAUUUUUCCGGGAAAAUCCGGAUAGUUGAUUGCUCCUCCACCGGCGUACACAAACGCAACACAACAUAAUCACAUGUGCUUCAACCUGUGCGAAAGAGAUUGAUCGACGAAAGAUGCAAUGGUCGAUCGGUGCGUUAGUGAUGUUUCCAGAACAGAACCGAUGCUUUGCAUGGCUGCUGGCAUCGGUCUUGCUGGUGCUCGCUGGCCCGGCCUCCCAGACAACUGUCCGUGCCCAGGACUGGGUGGAUCCGAGGUUUGUUUCGGGAAAUGAGGAAAACAUUUCGCUCAGCGCCUACGAACCCGCAUUCACGCAGCAGAAUGUGUGGAUGGUGGAGGAGAUGCCAACACCGUACGUGAUGCUUUAUCUCAACUACAAGGGUACGGCACUGCCAAACAUUAUUGCCGCUCCCAGUAGUCUCGGUGCUACGGUGGCACGCGCUGACGAUGGCCGCUGGACCGUCAACGUGAAUCGGCGGCAGGACUACGAGGUACCGGACCAGCGAGCUCCCCUGAUACAGCUAAGCGUGGAGGAUGCCUCACGGCCCUACAUCAUCCCGGUGCAGCUGGUCAACGUGCUCGAUAAUGCACCGGUAAUGACGGCGGAGAACUACUGCGAAAUCAGCGAACUGCAGAGGGACUUCACUUCGGACUGUCUGUACAAGGUGUACCAUGCGGAUGGGUUCGAAAAGGGGAACAUUCUCAAUUCCAGCACGAACGAGCUGUCGUUCGAGAUCGAAGAUGCCAUCGCGAACGAGCACUUUGAGUUCUGGGAGGUACCCGAGGGUAAACCGGAAGAUCCGAACCACAACAUACUCUACAAUCUGCGCGUGAAGAAACAGUUGGAUUACGCGGAAAAGUCUCUGUUUAACUUCAUCACCACCGUUUACGAUCUGGAUCGGACGCACUCGUUCAAGAUGAACACCAUCGUCAAGGUUCGGAAUGUGGAUAGCCGUAAUCCGACGUUUACGCGUCCCUUCACCACCCAACGGAUUAUGGAAAAGGAAGAGUUUCGCACGACCGUCAUCGCUAUAGAUACUGACACGGAGCUGAACAACCCUAUCUGCUACCGGCUGCAGACACUGGUGCUCGAUUAUCAAAAGUACUUUUCAAUUGGGGAAACGAGCGGUGAAAUGAUCGUCCAGCCAAUCGAUCGAGACACGGAAAAGAACGAGCUUUAUUCGUUCACGAUCACCGCGUACAAGUGCCACAAUCCAAGCAAUCGUACCAGCAUCGAUGGUGCCAUCAUACUGGAGGACAAAAACGAUUGCUGGCCGGAGUUUGAGGUGCGUCCGGUCGAGCUGGAGUUUUGGGAGAACAUGGUAAUGGAGCUGAGCUUUGAGCAGUUCAUCAUCGAUGAUCGUGAUCUGGGUGAAAACGCACGCUACACCGUACGCCUCACGGAAACGGUUGGUGGCCAGGAGCAGGAAACGGAUUCGUUCACCAUUAUUCCCUCGAGCGGUUAUCAACGGACCGCUUUCACCGUGAACAUUAACAACGCGUCGAAACUGGACUUUGAGGAUCCUCCGAGGCAAAGCUUUCAGUUGCACGCGACGGCUCAGGAACCGAGCGAACCGUCACACGUUCGUAUGCAAACGAUCGCCAUUAAGCUGAAGAACUGGAACGAUGAAAUUCCGGCGUUUAGCGAGCCCGAGUACGAGGUUAGCGUACGUGAAACCAUCGAGGGCAACGAGCUGUUGGCUGAGGUUACGGUCACGGAUCGUGACAUUGGUGAUGGGAUCACCAUAACGGCACUUGGGCGGAUUGCAGAGAGUUUGGACAUCGUAGCAUUACCGAUCGUGGUGAUAGAUAAUGUGCCGAGCUAUAGCUUUCAGAUCCUUACGAAGGUGGCCAACAUCUUUGAUUACGACAUUGCGAAGGAGGUCAUCGUUCAGUUGCAGGCUCAAGAUAAGCUGCAAACCGACCGGAACGAACCACUGCAUCGGAUAUUUUCCCAGCUGUCGAUCAAUGUGAUCGAUGUGAACAACAAACCGCCCCAGAUCACGCUGCCCAGAGGUACGCUGCAUAUUGUGGAGAAUUCUAAACCCGAAUCACCCGUCAUUAUUGGGGAGUCCGAGGUUGGCGAGAUCAUCGGUACCGAUCCGGAUACGGAGGCCGAUCUGCAGUUUAGCAUCGACUGGAGUAGUAGCUACGGUACCAAGAGCGGAGUUCGUGCCAAGGAAGACACCUAUCAAGGGUGUUUUUAUAUUCGCGAGGAACGCAUUAACCAACAGCGCACGAUCGGGACAUUGCGUGUGAACCCCAGCUUUAAGCUGCAGGUAGACUACGAAAUGUACGACACCCUGUUUCUGAUGAUCCGUUUGAUCGAUCGUAACCAGACGAUUCUGCCGAACUCGGUAGAGGUUGCCAUUACGGUUCAGAUUGACGAUGUGAACGAUAACGCGCCCGAGUUUGAUAAUGCCACACUGACCGUCGUUCGCUCGGUAAGGGAGCGAUCUGAUGCUGGGGUUACGAUCGGUAACAUUAUCGCCUACGACAUUGACGGUCCGGGAAACAACGAAAUCACCUUCUCCAUGAGCCCGAUCAAUCCGGAUCAUGAAGGGUGGAUGAGCAUCGACCAGAAUGGCAUUAUACGUGUCGAGGGUAACAGAACGAUCGACUGUGAUACUCCACCGAUCGACGUGGUGCUACAAUCGGUGACCGUUUCGGAUUGGCUCUUCAGCACCAGCCACGUCUUUACGAUCGUCCUGAUGGACACCAACAACAAGCUACCAUAUCACGAUCCCUUCCCCGACGAGGGUCGCGUUUUCCAGUUCGAAAAGCUGCAAUCGAAAAGCGUGGUGGCACAAGUGGAAGGUAAAGAUCAGGAUCGGGACGUGGCGUACCACACGGUGUCGUACGAGAUCAACUACAGGGACUUUGCGCAGUUGCAGCGCUACUUUGAGGUCGAUAGGACCGGCCAAGUGUACGUGAAGGAAAACAACGAACCCCUGGAUCGGGAUGGUGGUCUCGAGAGCAUCACGAUCAACGUGGUGAUGGUCGACAAUGCUGGUGGUUACGAUGUUCAGAAUCGUGUAUCGACCAAUAUUUUUCUUACGCUGCUUGACAUCAAUGACCACUAUCCGGAGCUGCCCGAGCUCGGUGAGGACAGUUCUCAGAUAUCGGAAGACGUGAAGACGGGCUACACGAUUAAAGCGGACCUUGCCGCACUGGAUCGAGACGAUCGGUUAACACCGAAUGCCAAAAUUAACUACCACAUUCGCCAAGUGUCACCAGCUAUCGGCACCUCACUGUUCCUGCUGGAGAGUGUGAACGAGUACAACGCGACACUGAAGGCGGCCCGGGACUUUAAGGGUUACUAUGGUAACUGGACUGUGCGGAUCGAAGCAUGCGAUCGGGGCAGUGAAUAUGAACCGAUAAUUGCCCUGCCGGAGCCGGGUCGAGACAACUGUCGGACGCGCGAUUACGAGCUGGUGAUAAAUCCUUUCAACUAUCAGGCACCGACCAUCAUCUAUCCGGUACGCAACUCCCAGCUACGUCUAAAAUACGAAUCGCUGUACAAUGGACGCCCCCUGAACGACACCAAUGGGUCCGUUUUGCCCGAUUUCAGUGCCAUCGAUGAAGAUGGCGGCAUCUACGGUGACGUUACCUUCACGCUCCAGAGCACCAACGAGGGCGAUAAGGAUCACGAAGUGUUUAGGAUCGAUAAAAUAGAUCGUAAAAGCGGUCAACUCGUGCUGGAGAACGCGCUCGCAGUGCAGCCCUACCCAAAGAAUUAUAGCCUGACCGUCAUCGCCCGGGAUGGUGGAGACAAGCGCACCGAGGUACAGAUUAAUGUAGUCUUCAUCGACAUGACGGGAGAACCGGCCUUCCUCGAGCCGACCUUUGACACCGACUUUACAGAAAACGAGGAAGGACGCGAUGAACGUCGCCAGCUUCCGUUUGCCGAGGAUCCGAAGAACGCCGGCCUACCACCGGGAGCCCAAACAAAUGUGUUCUACUUCAUUGACCGAAGCUACGGAAAUGCGAGCCAUCUGUUUGCGCUGGAUCCCGUCACCAAUGUGUUGCGGUUGGCUGUGCUGCUCGACCGCGAGGAGAUACCAUCGCACGAGAUACGGGUUGUGGCAACGAACAACGAAAACGGUCCACCGGUACCCAUCGUCGAGAGUUCGGCCGCGUUGCUGGUCGUGCGGAUCAAGGUGAACGACGUGAACGACAAUCCGCCCGUCUUCCAGCAGCGUUUCUAUGCGGCCGGUAUCACGACGGAGGAUCGCGUCCAGAAGCCGCUAUUCCGCGUCUUCGCCGAUGAUCCGGACGAGGAUGAAAUCAUUCGGUAUGAGAUUGUGGCCGGUUCGGGCGAGACGGUGGGUGAAAAUCUACCCCCGAGCGGCAGUGCGUUGCCUUUCCGGCUCGACGGGAAUACGGGCGAACUGACGCUGCAGCAGAAGGUGCUACCGACGCAGAAGGGUUACUAUCAGUUCACCAUCAUGGCGUUUGAUCGGGAUGACACGCAUAACGAUACGACCACGGCCAAGAUAUACAUCGUGUCCGAAUCGAACCGGGUUACGUUCGUGUUUCUUAACAGCGUCGAAGAGAUUGAUCAACCGGAUAUUCGGGACUUUCUGGCGCAACAACUGUCGGCCGCGUACGAUAUGGAGUGUAACAUCGAUGACAUCGAUCAAUCGAUUGCCACCGAACGGCAGGAACAGGAGAUACCUUCAGCAGGCAGUAGCAGCGAGACGGACGUCCGUACCCACUUCAUCCUCAACAACCAGGCAGUCGAAGCGAGCACGAUACAGCAGCGAUCCUCCAACCGGACGUUCGUCACCGAGCUGAAGACGGUGCUGCGUACGCGCAACCUUUCGCUCCAGAACGUCCCAACACCGCUGGAACCGCUCAGUGAAGUCAACGAAACGCUACAGACGGUGCUGAUUGCGGUGGCCGGUGCCCUGGCCGUGCUCUGCGUUAUACUGUUCGUGGCGUUCUUUAUCAAAAUCCGUAGCCUCAACCGACAGCUGAAAGCCCUUUCGGCAACCGAUUUUGGCUCGAUUUCAUCCGAGCUCAACGGGAAACCGACGCGUACCGUACCCACGACCAACAUCUUUUCCAUCGAGGGCUCCAAUCCGGUGCUGAAUGAUAACGAGUAUGGGCGCCACGGAGGCGGUGGCGGGUACUACGAUGAUCUGAGUGUGCAAUCGGACGAGUCGGAUUUCACGGACAUGGACAAGGAUAUGUUUGCGACGAAGAGAAAGGAAAGUCUGAAUCCUGCCUUCAUGGAGCACAUACGCCAGCGGUCACUUAAUCCAAUGGUGAAUGCGACGGUCCGCAGUAACGACUCCGGCUCCACUCCGGUUCAUCAAAAAGUGGACGAAACGGAGGACGAACUAUCGCAUCGGUUUUGAGCUCCAUCCAGAUUAUGCGUCCGCACAGCAACACUGGAGCAAG